AUGGGGAACCCUCGUUUCCUAGUCACUCGGCCGCAGGCGGCGGACCAGCUGAGUAACAAACUUUCGCAGGCUCAGCACCUCGAUGAGGUCACAUGGACCACCAAGAACUGGCACGGGCUGCAGAUGCAGCGCUUGUCUGUCGUUCUCCACACCGCCGUGGCGUGGCAGACGGUGAACGAGCUAGCUAGCAUCGGCGGUCCGCCGCUAUUUGUGCUAAUGUGGUUCACGCCGAUGCCGUUUGUGUACGAGUCGCUGUACGGCGGCGCCGAGAUGUGCGAGCUCGGCCGCCACACCGUCCGCCUCUCGACCAAGCAGCAGGCGCUCACGCUCGGCAGCAAGAUGCGCAAGGGCAACGCAGCGGUGCGGUACCGCUGCGGCCGCGGGCUGGGCGCGGUUCGUCGCCACGCCUUCCCGUCCCGUGCGCAGGUGACGUACUCGGUCUACAAGCUCGGGGACGGGGAGAUGCGCCUGCUGGGCUCCUACCCAAAGGGAGUCAACGCAGACGGCACUUGUGCCCGCGGUGCGCAGAGCUGGAUCCGAUCGCUGAUCACUGAGAGUGGAUGGCAGGCGCGCGCGUCAAGUUCCGGAGGAGGGCGCCAAAGACGGGAGGCGAGCUUAGGCUGA